UUACAGGUGAUAACUUAGCUGGUUGGGGAUAUUCCAGCGUGGUGUGAAUUCUGAUUGCAAGGAAUGUUCUUGAUACUACAGUGGCUUGUAGAGUUAUGAGUGGAACUUCCAUUUUAUCAAAAGUGCCAUGAAACCUGUACCAUCCGGGGCAGAUCAUCAAGGCUAGGGGACCGUCUUCCUUAUGGAGACAGAAAGGGCUGUGCAUUAAGUUGGUGCUUAAUAUUGUGCAAUAGUCUGACGAAUGCCUUGGCAGGACAGUUACACUUGUACCCAGCACUGGGUGAAGGGCUCCUACCCCAACAGCUGAAGGGAUUAUUAUCAUCAUCUUCCUGUUUACUCACUUUUCAACAUGAGAUUCAGGGGAGUUCAACAUUCUUUCUCUCUGUUGAAUAGUUUCUAUGGCCUAUUCUACAAGAAAUUAUAUGCCACAGUGUAAACAACACUGGUUUUGGAACUAGAGGACUUGCGUACGAGUCCUGGCUCCUGCUAUUUAUUACCUGUGUCACUUGAGCAAAUAAUAGAAACUACCUUGGACCUUAACUUUCUUCCUCUGUUAAAAAAAAAAAAAAAAAAAAAAAAAGGAGAGUUAGACCAGAUGACCUUUGAGGUGCUGUCUAGGUUUAAAGCUAUGUUCUUUAUGGUGGAGGAAAUUGAGGUCUUCUUCUCUUCUGUGGAAUAUAUGCUCUUCGAGGACACGACCUCCCUCCCAUUUAUACCUUCUGUACUUGUGCAUAUAGUAGGAGCCUAAGAAAUGGGUGCUAAUUGAUUGGUUCUAUCCCCAAAAGAUUCAGUCAAGCCAAGAGGGAGAUGCCAGGGAGCUGGUGAAGACUUUCUUUUUUUUCCCUACAAUGGUUGACAGCACCAAGUAUGAAGUGGCUGCCCAGCAUGAUGAAGAUGCCCCUUCCUUGGCCAAUGGGCCCAGUUCAGGACCCGAACAGAUGAAACUGAAGAAGGAGAUCUCCCUGCUCAAUGGGGUGUGCCUGAUCGUGGGGAACAUGAUCGGCUCUGGUAUCUUUGUUUCACCCAAAGGGGUGCUCAUGUACAGUGCUUCCUUCGGUCUCUCUCUUGUUAUCUGGGCUGUUGGGGGCCUCUUCUCGGUCUUUGGAGCCCUUUGCUAUGCUGAACUGGGGACCACCAUCAAGAAGUCUGGGGCUAGCUAUGCCUACAUUCUUGAAGCUUUUGGGGGCUUCAUGGCCUUCAUCCGACUCUGGACUUCCCUGCUUAUCAUUGAGCCCACCAGCCAGGCCAUCAUUGCCAUCACCUUUGCCAACUACAUGGUACAACCGUUCUUCCCCAGCUGUUUUGCUCCAUAUGCUGCUGGACGCCUGCUUGCAGCUGCCUGCAUCUGUCUUUUAACCUUCAUCAACUGUGCUUAUGUCAAAUGGGGAACAAUGGUACAGGAUAUUUUCACUUAUGCGAAAGUCCUGGCCCUGAUUGCAGUCAUCAUUGCUGGCAUUGUCAGAAUAGGCCAGGGACAGGCGACUAACUUUGAAAAUUCAUUUGAGGGAUCUUCAUUUUCAAUGGGAAAUAUUGCUUUGGCAUUAUAUUCUGCUCUUUUCUCCUAUUCGGGCUGGGACACUCUCAACUAUGUCACUGAGGAGAUCAAGAAUCCUGAAAGGAACUUGCCCCUCUCCAUUGGCAUUUCCAUGCCCAUUGUCACCAUUAUCUACAUUUUGACCAAUGUGGCCUACUAUACUGUGCUGAGCAUGACGGACAUCAUGGACAGUGAUGCUGUUGCUGUGACAUUUGCUGACAGAAUUUUUGGGAUGUUCAACUGGACAAUUCCCUUGGCUGUUGCCUUAUCCUGUUUUGGGGGUCUCAAUGCUUCCAUUGUGGCGGCUUCUAGGCUUUUUUUUGUGGGCUCACGAGAAGGCCACCUCCCCGAUGCCAUCUGCAUGAUUCAUGUUGAAAGGUUUACUCCAGUGCCAUCCCUACUCUUCAAUGGAGCCAUGGCACUCAUCUACUUGUGUGUGGAGGACAUCUUCCAGCUUAUCAACUAUUACAGCUUCAGCUACUGGUUCUUUGUGGGUCUCUCCAUUGUGGGGCAGCUCUACUUACGCUGGAAAGAACCCAAUCGACAUCGGCCCCUCAAGCUCAGCUUGUUCUUCCCCAUCGUCUUCUGCCUUUGUACUGUCUUCCUGGUGGCUGUCCCUCUUUACAGUGAUACCAUUAACUCCCUUAUCGGCAUUGGCAUUGCCCUCUCAGGCCUGCCCUUUUACUUCUUCUUUGUCAGAGUGCCAGAACAUAGGCGGCCACACUGUCUGCGGAGGACUGUGGCUUUGGUCACCAAGUAUCUCCAAGUCCUGUGCAUGUCUGUUGCUUCAGAGAUGGAUUUUGAAGACGAGGAAGAGAUGUCCAAGCAACAAGACUCUAAGUCUGAUUAAUCAACAACCUAACUUCUCCCCUCAUGAGACACUGAGGGCAGGGAAUUUCCUUUUCCCAGCGGCCAGGGCCAGAGGGAUGGGAUUGAAGACAGCCUACCAAGUCCAGAACCUGCUUUGGGACAUCUAUAGGAACCAUUUGAACUUAUUCUUUAAGAGAAGUGGAGAAUAAUUUAUUGUUUUUGUUACUAAUUGUUCAAGGUUUUUUAAAUGGAAGGUUGGGGGAGAGAAGAAAUAUGCCUUGGGUUUGGUUUUCCUAUUAAUUUUUCCUCAAGAGGAGGAAAAACAGGGGCAGAUGCCAGAAUGACUAAUGAGUUGCUGUAUUCUGCACCACCUACCCAUCCCUUUUUCCCACUAAAGCCCACCAGGACUAGCAAUGCUCCUGUUUGCAUCAGGGAGGAACCUACCAAAGGGGCUGAGGGCACUUGUAGGACCAUCUUGGAUAACAAUAAAAGGGAACACAAUGGCCUCUUUA